UAAGAGCACUACACAGGGUGUUACACCACAUCCACAGUCUGAGACAAAAAUGCGGAUUUUAUUUAACAUUGAGGGAUGUGUUAUAUUAGUGUGUAUAUAUUCACAUGUAUGUGUAUAUUGAAAAUAAUGCAGACUUGCACAUAACACAAACCAGCAAGAAAACGAGUCAAACAAUAACGUCUACAAGUUCUAGCUACGACACGAAUAAAAUUAUCGUUAUGUUUCCUAGCAUAGCCAGGUAGGUGCGCAUGCGCGGUUCAGGCGGGAGCUGUAUGUUAUUAGGCCUACUUGCUCUAACGUUACGUUCCUGAGGCCGGCAGAGUUGUUAAGAGAAGAAGAGGACUUAAUUCGCAGUGAAUGAUACAGUGAACAAGAGAUUAUGGAUAUACGACGAUUUUCUAAGAGAGUGAGUGAGGAACAGGAGAGUGACAAGGGAGCUGAUGCUGAAGAGGUCUGCGUGAUCGAGAAGCCAACAGCAGAAUGGGUGAAGACAUGCUUCAGACGUGUGAGGAGAAACCAACGAUUCCCUGCUUCCCAGUGAAAUGAGACACUCUAAGUGUGCUCCUGCUCUCAACAUUGUCCACAUUCUCACUGAUUAAAUACAUCGAAAAUGAUGCUAUGAGGAGACAACUUUAACCAUGACGCCCACAGAAAUCUCCUGUAGUCAGCAAAUAUCUUCUCUUCAUCUUAAUCCUUCUCGUGUGCAAAUGCAGGAGAAUAUAAAGUGUGAGGUGAGUUUUACUCAAGAGGGUACGCUCCAGAGCCUCCAAAGCAUCCGUGCAAGAGAGAAGCCAUAUCACUGCUCCCAAUGUGGCAAGAGUUUCAAUCGUCAGAGUCAUCUCCUGACCCACCAGCGUGUUCACACGGGAGAGCGGCCAUACCAGUGCUCGCAGUGUGGGAAGAGCUUCACUCAGCUGAGUAACCUUCAUCUCCACCAGCGCAUUCACACAGGAGAGAAGCCACAUCACUGCUCACAAUGCGGAAAGAGUUUUACUCUGCGCAGUCAUCUGCGAAUGCACCACGUCGUACACACGCGAGAGAGGCCGUAUCGGUGCUCGCAGUGUGGCAACAGUUUCAGUCAGGCCAAUCACCUCCGACUGCACCAGCGCAUCCACACGGGAGAGAAGCCGUACCUGUGCUCAGAGUGUGGAAAGACUUUUAGUCAGCAGAGUCAUCUCCGAAUACACCAGCGCGUCCACACAGGAGAGAAGCCAUACCGCUGUUCGCAGUGUGGUAGGAGUUUUACUCACCAGAGUCAUCUCCAACGACACCAGCUCAUUCACAGCGGAGUGAAGCCAUAUCACUGCUCACAGUGCGGGAAGAGUUUUACGCACAGCAGCACAUUUCAAGCACAUCAGCGCACCCACACCGGAGAGAAGCCGUACUACUGCUCAGUGUGUGGACGCAGCUUCACGUUUUUCAGUAACUUACAGAGACACAAGUGCAUGAGUCAGUUAACAUGAUUGUGUAUGCUUAGUUAGUAUUAUAUCAUUUUACCGUAUUAACCUUGAUGUCCUAUUGAAGGAAACACUGACUGUUCAGUUGCAUUUAUCUUUAUUGGAAAUCUUGUUGUAGAAGAAUAGUUUCUCUAUAAAUUAAAUAAAUGAUUAUUUUUU